AUUACAGAAGGAUUGAAGAAGGCGGGACUCCAGCACGAAGAAAUAUGGGUGACAUCGAAGCUGUGGAAUGAUGACCACGUUAUUAAUCGCGUUGAAGCUGGCCUCAACCUAACUAUCUCCGAUCUCAACCUUCCCCCCUUAACCUCUACCUCAUGAACUGGCCUGUUGGUAAACGGCCCUCGGAGAAGACCUAUCACUAUGACUUUCUCCAAAUUUGGCUUGUCAUGGCCGCUCUACCGAAAACAGAUCGUGUUCGGAAUAUCAGUGCCUCGAAUUUCUCUCCCAUGCAAAUAGAACAUUUUAAACAACACAUCAAUAUAAAGCAUACAGUCCAUCAGAUUCGAUUACAUUCUUCUCUCUCCCAGGAUAAAUGGGCGAAGUGGCACAACGCUUAUGGGAUUGAGUUCAUCACGAACAGUCCUCUUGGUAAUAUGAACCCGACGUACAAUAACAAAGGGCAACGAGAACGAACUUAUCACUGUUGUUAAAGAAUCGGGUCGUUGAGGACAUUACAGAGAGGGGAUGUACGGCUGCGGUGCUAGCUUGGGCAAUGAGUCGGGCACGAGUGUGAUCCCCAAGAGCAAGUAUGAGGAAUAAAUUGCGGAAAAUGUUUUGUUUGAAGUUCUACUACGAGAUUUCAUAAUUCGAG